GUUUUACACCAAAUUUUUGCCAAAACUUGGUUAACACUAUGCCCCAAAGAAUUUCAGCCUUAAUAAAAAAUAAAGGUGGGGUAAAGGCGGACAGCAAUGCCUAGGCAUAAAAAAAAUCUGCGUAAAAUUUAUGAACUAUCAACCACACAAAAUGGAGCAGGCUCUGGAGGACAUUCGGAACAAAAGAAAAUCCCUUAGAGGUGCCUCAGAGUACUAUGGAAUACCAAAAUCCACUCUAUCCGACGAACUCAAGAGACAAAAAGCUGGAAAACAUGGUGCACCUACCAAACUAUCAGAACAAGAUGAAAAAAUGUUCGCAGAAGGAAUCACUCAGUUUGCAGAGUGGGGAUUUCCUAUGACUCGUUGGGAUAUAAGAUGCUUGGUAAAGGAUUACCUUAAUAGAAAAGGUAAACAAAUAAGCCAGUUCAAGGACAACAUGCCUGGGAUUGAGUGGUUUUAUAACAUUGUCAGUAGAAACAAAAUUUUGACUGAGAGAUUUGCACAAAAUAUAAAGAGAUACAGGGCUAAUGUAACCAAGGCGGUAGUAACCUAUGAAUAUCGUGAAUUAUGAUGAAACCAAUUUGACAGAUGACCCUGGAAAACAAAACGUUUUAUGCUGCCGUGGUUCGAAGAGCGUUGAGAAUAUAAUUGAUUCAAGUAAGUCUAGCACCUCAGUUAUGAUGACAAUAACAGCGGCAGGACAAUUGUUACCCCCAUAUGUAAUAUAUAAAUCUGUUCACCUAUAUCCAGCCUGGAUAGAGGGAGGUCCUGAUGGUACCAUGUACAAUCGAACUAAGUCAGGCUGGUUUGAUGGCCCUGCUUUUGAAGAUUGGUUUGACAGGAUUUUACUUCCUUACUUUCGAAAUCUUCCAGGCAAAAAAAUAUUAAUAGGAGACAACUUAGCCAGCCACACUUCUAUGCACGUUUUGGAAUGCUGUCAAAAUUAUAACAUUCAAUUCAACUCAACUCACCUCUUACAGCCCCUAGAUGUGGCAUAUUUUGCACCGAUGAAAAAACAAUGGCGUAAGAUUUUAUUGGAAUGGAAGAUGCGGAAUAGGGGCUGCAUCGUGAAAUCAGAAUGUCCAAAACUUUUGAAGAAAGCUAUUGACAGCAUUGAAAAUUCCGAAAAUAACAUUAAAUCUGGUUUUAAAGCAUGCGGCAUUGUCCCACUGAACGCUAAUGUAGUUUUAAACCGAAUUUUACCUGAUAUAGAUCCAAUAAUGGAUAUAAGUGAGGGCGAAGUUCAUUGGGUGCAAACCUUAAAAUAAUUUCUCAAGUAGAGCAGAUUAGCUAUAACUCAGGUAGAAAGUCCAAAAAGAGGAAACAAAUAAAAGUGGCACCGGGAAAGUCUAUAAGUGCGAAAGAUUUUGAAGAAAGCAGUGACAACUCUGAACCUGAAUAUAUGGGUCUAUCGAAUGGUGGCGAUGAACAAGAAGCAGCUAAAAAUCCCAGCGAUGAGGAAUUAAGAGAAGAGGGAAAUUUCAGUGGUGAACCCGAAGCUGACCUACAUAACCAGAUCAAUUUAGAUUGUAUCCAACCAGGCAAUUUUUUGUUAGUGAAGUUUUCCUGUCCAAAUAAUACAUUCCAAUACUUUGUUGGCUGUGUCUCUGACGUUGUAGACGUCAAUGAAAAACUUUAUUACGUAAAUUUCUUAAGAAAGCAAAAUUCCGAAAAAAUUGGUGAUUAUUUUGUUUACCCUAAUAUUAAAGACCAAAGCUUGGUAGAUCCUCCUCAAAUUUUAAAGGUUUUAAGACAG